AUGACAUUAACUCAUACAUCUGAUUUGAUUUCAAUUAUUGGACUCGCAUUUGUCGUGCUACAAACAUUGGUAUAUGUUGCCUUGAGAUUUAGAUUGAAUUUUGCAAAAAAAGCUAUUCAAGUAUUGCCAAGCCAAAUCAAAAAUAUUGGACUUGGGUUGAUAUUAUUGAUGGACCUCAACUAUAUUUUCACAAUCUAUCAGUCUGGGACUGGACAUUACCAAGCAAUUCUUUUAUUUUCUUUAUUCAUCCUGUUUACAUACAAUUCAGCAUUUGCAGGUCUAUUAGAUGAAGUUCAAAAAGCCAAUCUGAACUUAGAGUUUCUUAAAAAACAAAGUAAAGCAACUGAAACUGCUUAUAUGGACCUUUUAGGGAAAAUGGACUUAGAAGCAAAGAAAUUGAAAGAAGCUGAAAAAGAAAAAGCCUCUCAGGAUCAAAGUAAAAGCAAAGAUGAAAUUCCUCCAGAACUUUUAGUUAAAAUAAGAAUGCUAGAAGAACAAAAUACUUCCCUUAAAGAAGAAAAUAUAGCAUUACAGCAAGAAAAUAAAGAAAUGAGAAAAUUAGGCAUUUCUUCUAAGAAAAAUCAAUAA